AUGGACUAUCAGAAUCGCGCAGGUUCCAAAUUCGGUGGUGGAGGUGUUGCCUCGUCAUCCGCGACCAACGCCGAUCGCCGAGAGCGUCUGCGAAAGCUUGCGCUCGAGACCAUCGACCUUGACAAGGACCCGUAUUUCUUCAAGAACCACGUCGGGAGCUUCGAGUGUCGCCUGUGUUUGACAGUACAUCAAAACGACGGAUCAUACCUGGCACAUACACAGGGAAGGAAACAUCAGACGAACCUAGCGCGCCGUGCUGCCAAGGAGCAGAGGGAAGGCAAGAAGGACGAUGUUGGGCAGGCGGGUCUGCUCGCAGGCGUCCAAGUCAAGAAGAACGUCAUCAAGAUCGGGCGCCCAGGAUACAGGAUCACCAAGGUUCGCGAUCCAGUUACGCGUCAGAAUGGACUGCUCUUUCAGUUCCAAUUUCCGGAUAUCACUCCGGGCACGGUCCCACGAGUCCGCUUCAUGAGCGCGUACGAGCAGAAGAUCGAGGAGCCGGAUCCCAACUAUCAGUACUUCAUCGUCGCUGGAGAGCCGUACGAGACGGUGUCGGUCAAGCUGCAAGCUCGCGAGGUGGACAGGCGUGAAGGCAAGUUCUGGACAUGGUUCGACGAGGACAACAAGGAAUUUUGGUGCCAGGUUCUCUUCAAGACGGAGCGUGACGAGCGUUUUAGUGCAGUUCCUGGUCUGGCGCCUGGGCGCAAGUGA